CCACCCUCGUCCAUGCAAACGGACUCAACCCUGCUGUUACAAACAUUUUGACUGCUCUGUGUAAGAAGAGGGACUACUCGGCACACUUUGUGUGCUUUUUUUGAGAAUAUUUGAGGAGUUUUUGGUGCAAUUGUUACAUGUUCUGAAACUAUUUAGUCCCGGAACCCGCGCAUCCCUACCCCAGUGACACCCGCUUUCUUCAUCUAACCACUGCACGGAAGACUGGUGACUGUCGGACAGUCAUGCUGUAGAAGUCUGCAAGUGAGAGACCGGCGUGGGAUUAAAAUCUGCGGUCCGCGUGAGUGGGACCAUGCACGGACAACACAACAAAGGGCUGAAGAACCUGAGGCUGCUGCUUCUGUGCCUCUCCGUUGCCGUCCUCGCCUCAGGAGCGCACGCAGGUGUGAAGAAGCACAGUGGCCCCUGUGGAGGAAGAGACUGCAGCGGAGGCUGUCAAUGCUUCCCAGAGAAGGGUGCCAGGGGUCAACCUGGACCACUUGGUCCUCAGGGUCCACAGGGGCCUCCAGGGAGACCAGGUGAUCCAGGCAUCCAGGGACCAAAAGGGCACAAAGGUGAUCGUGGCCGUGAUGGUAACAUGGGUCCUAAAGGAAAUGUGGGAAUGACUGGUGUUCCUGGGUUUUCUGGAAAGGUAUUGAUUCUGUAUGUGAUGGGUUUUGAUUUGAUGAUUGCUCUGCAGGGCCACCCAGGACAACCUGGGCCCAGGGGCAAAACAGGUGCUGACGGCUGUAACGGGACACAGGGAGAACCAGGGUUACCGGGAAACCACGGCUAUACAGGUGCACCUGGUUUUUCUGGAACUCCAGGCAGGAAGGGAGAGAAGGGAGACUCUAUGGUGCUGAAUAUAUACAUGGAGGGUUACAGGGGAGAUCCAGGCACUCCAGGGAUCAACGGAAUAUCCGGGCCUCCAGGACAACCAGGAGUGCAGGGUAAUAUAGGCAUCCCAGGACCAAAGGGUCCCCCAGGGUCCCCCGGCCCCAGAGGGCCAAAGGGCUCUAUGUCCAGAAUAAUUAAGGGAGUCAAGGGAGAGCAGGGAGACAUUGGAGCACAAGGGCCACCAGGAAACCAUACUUACCAGGUUGUUGAGCCCAAACUGGGAGCUCAAGGAGAGAAAGGUCUGAAAGGAGAAAGAGGAGAUCUGGCUGACAACAAAGGAGAAACUGGUGUAACAGGAUUCACUGGACCACGGGGUCCACCUGGUGCAUAUGGGCGUCCUGGACCAAGAGGGGAUCCUGGUGACAGGGGACCAAAUGGCAGAGGUGGGCUCAAGGGGGUUAGAGGUGAACCAGGAGAACUGAUUAAUGAAUCCUGGACCUCAAGGGCUGGUCUUCCUGGUCUGCAUGGUGAACCGGGUCCACAGGGAGAGAGGGGUCCAAUAGGAGAUCAAGGCAUCCCUGGACCCCCUGGACUUUCUGCCUCUGAAACACAGCAACAAGUGUUCGACUUCUUCGGACCAUUUGGUAUAGAAGGGGAUCUAGGAGAGAAGGGCCAACAAGGAGAACGAGGAUUCCCUGCUUUUGGUGAAGCACUCCCAGGCGCGAGAGGCCGUCAAGGGGCCGCAGGUGGUCCAGGACCCAAAAGAACAUGGGGUGACUUCUUCAAGGGUGUUGCAGGCGAGAGAGGAAGGCCCGGCAACGCAGGCUAUAAAGGACCAAAAGGUGAUCAAGGAGAGUGUCAGUGCACUGGGCGGUCCAGACUGGGGCCACCUGGCCCUGCUGGUGACCAAGGUGAUGCUGGGAUGUCUGGGGAGUUUGGUCAGGAGGGUGAUUUAGGGGACCCAGGUCCCCGAGGAAAUGACGGGUUGCCUGGAUUUCCUGGGAUCAGUGGUGUGCCAGGCCCAAAAGGCCAAAAAGGAGACACAAGAAUAAUCACAGAGAAAGGAAGUCGUGGCGAUCCAGGGGAUCCUGGGCAAAGCGGGGAGCCAGGAGCGUCAGGCGCUCCAGGGCCAAACGGUUUGCCUGGUUUUAGGGGGACCCGAGGUCUUCCAGGAGAGGGCCCCUGGGGAGUUCGUGGAGACAAGGGUUUCCCUGGCCUAACUGGUCAACCCGGUGCACCUGGGCUGGCAGGAGAACCAGGUGCAAUCUUUGGGGGUAUCAAAGGCCAACGUGGUUUACCUGGUGAUGACGGUUUCGCAGGCUAUAAUGGAGUUCAAGGAGCACCUGGAAGCCCAGGUGGCUGUAGACCAGCAGGAGAUGGAGGACAGGUGGAUGUAACAGGUCCAUGCAAUCCAGUUCCAGGACCCCCUGGGCCACCUGGACCUCCCGGAGGCAGUGGAUUACCAGGUUCCCCAGGUAAAGCUGGUCUUCCUGGUCUGCAUGGUGAACCGGGUCCACAGGGAGAGAGGGGUCCAAUAGGAGAUCAAGGCAUCCCUGGACCCCCUGGACUUUCUGCCUCUGAAACACAGCAACAAGUGUUCGACUUCUUCGGACCAUUUGGUAUAGAAGGGGAUCUAGGAGAGAAGGGCCAACAAGGAGAACGAGGAUUCCCUGCUUUUGGUGAAGCACUCCCAGGCGCGAGAGGCCGUCCAGGGGCCGCAGGUCCUCCAGGACCCAAAAGAACAUGGGGUGACUUCUUCAAGGGUGUUGCAGGCGAGAGAGGAAGGCCCGGCAACGCAGGCUAUAAAGGACCAAAAGGUGAUCAAGGAGAGUGUCAGUGCACUGGGCGGUCCAGACUGGGGCCACCUGGCCCUGCUGGUGACCAAGGUGAUGCUGGGAUGUCUGGGGAGUUUGGUCAGGAGGGUGAUUUAGGGGACCCAGGUCCCCGAGGAAAUGACGGGUUGCCUGGAUUUCCUGGGAUCAGUGGUGUGCCAGGCCCAAAAGGCCAAAAAGGAGACACAAGAAUAAUCACAGAGAAAGGAAGUCGUGGCGAUCCAGGGGAUCCUGGGCAAAGCGGGGAGCCAGGAGCGUCAGGCGCUCCAGGGCCAAACGGUUUGCCUGGUUUUAGGGGGACCCGAGGUCUUCCAGGAGAGGGCCCCUGGGGAGUUCGUGGAGACAAGGGUUUCCCUGGCCUAACUGGUCAACCCGGUGCACCUGGGCUGGCAGGAGAACCAGGUGCAAUCUUUGGGGGUAUCAAAGGCCAACGUGGUUUACCUGGUGAUGACGGUUUCGCAGGCUAUAAUGGAGUUCAAGGAGCACCUGGAAGCCCAGGUGGCUGUAGACCAGCAGGAGAUGGAGGACAGGUGGAUGUAACAGGUCCAUGCAAUCCAGUUCCAGGACCCCCUGGGCCACCUGGACCUCCCGGAGGCAGUGGAUUACCAGGUUCCCCAGGUCCUAAAGGCCAAAAAGGACAAGAGGGUCCACUUGGAUUACAGGGACAGAAAGGAGAAACAGGAGAUCGAGGCACAGGAGGCCAUCCUGGACCACCAGGUUUUACUGGCCCCCGUGGUGACUUGGGAGUUCCUGGCACCAAAGGUUCAGUAGGAGACCCUGGUGUGCCUGGCGUUUCUGGACAUCACGGGGCACAAGGUGAGAAGGGUGUUCAUGGAGAAAUCUUGGAUGCACUACCUGGACCCUCUGGUGACCCAGGGCUGCCUGGGCGUCAAGGAAAUAAGGGGCUGGAUGGAGAUAAAGGAGAGCAAGGCUAUCAAGGGAUGGUUGGCAUGCCUGGAAUGAUUGGCUUCAAGGGUGAGAGUGGCACUGUAGGUCUGCAGGGGGAGGAAGGGAAGCCUGGACCAGCUGGCAAGUAUGGCUUCCCUGGUGACCCUGGGAGAGCAGGUCCACCUGGGCCACAUGGUGCCACUGGACAGCCAGGUUUCACUGGAGAAAGGGGAACUGAGGGAGACCCAGGUCCUCCAGGUCCAGUCGGCUUAAAAGGGGUCCCAGGUGCAUACGGUGAUGAUGGUGCCUUUGGACAGUUUGGUCCAACGGGUGACCCAGGACAGCGGGGUGCAGGUGGACGCCCAGGACUUCCAGGAGUGAAGGGACAAAAAGGGCAACCUGGCAUGUCAGGUUUUCAGGGGAACAGGGGCGAUCCUGGGGUAAAGGGCUUCAGUGGGCCAAAAGGAAAACCUGGAGAGCCAGGCCAAGUUGGCCCAAAAGGAAUGAAAGGUUAUAGUGGAGAGAAAGGUGAUCGUGGUGUGAGGGGGCCACCUGGGGAGAAGCCUCACAUCCAUCCCCAGAUGAUUAAGGAGAUGAAAGGUAUCAAAGGAGACCCUGGACCUCAAGGAAAUCAAGGAUCUCAAGGGAUGAAAGGUUAUAAGGGUUCUCCCGGUGCGACAGGCAGCCAGGGAAAACAUGGUAAUCCUGGAGAUCCCAGCAAUAAGAAAGGUGAACAAGGAGAUCCAGGUCCACAGGGGCUGCCUGGGAUAAAAGGAAUGCCAGGCGUAACUGGAAAUAGAGGAAUUGUUGGUUUUCAGGGAAUGCCUGGAGACAAGGGAACUAAAGGAGGUCCUGGUGCCUAUGGCGCAUCGGGAGACCCAGGAAAAAAGGGUGCCAAAGGUGAUAGAGGCCCAAUUAUAGACCUUCCAGGAUCUCCUGGAUUGAGAGGAGAGGGUGGUUGUCAAGGAGAGCUAGGCAAUAAAGGACAAGUUGGGGUGACUGGCGACAGGGGUAUACCUGGUGAAGAUGGUAUUGAAGGUAAAAAGGGAGAGUCAGGAAAUUCAGGAACACCAGGAUACUCAGGCUCAGAAGGGCAGAAGGGAACUCCUGGUAACCAAGGUCAAAAAGGCCUUCCUGGAUUUCCUGGACAAGACGGAAAAAAAGGUUUUCCUGGCUUCCCAGGAACCAAAGGCUUCCCUGGCCUGAAGGGUCUUUAUGGAUUAGAUGGACUGAAAGGACAGAAGGGAAGCCCAGGAACACCAGGUGUGGACAUCACUGGACCCACUGGGGAACCAGGAGCCAAAGGAGAGAAGGGAGAUAGCGGUGACACUGACAACCGGCCAGGUGUUAAAGGCACACCGGGUUUGAAAGGCUUCCAGGGAGCUCUAGGUGACCAUGGUCUACCUGGACUACCAGGAUUCCGCGGCCCCAUAGGACCAAAUGCGACUGCAGACAGGCCAGGAUCCAGAGGGGACCCUGGCUCUAUAGGAUCUAGAGGAUACCAAGGUUUCCCUGGACCCAGAGGAUUGCCUGGUGUGGAUGCUCCCCCUGGAGAAAAGGGCAUACCAGGAUCAUUAGGGUCUCCUGGAGUCACUGGUUGGAAAGGAUUAAAGGGAAAUCAAGGGCAAUUUGGAUACCGGGGGCCUAAUGGUGUUUCUGGGAAGAAAGGAGUGAAAGGAGAGCAAGGAGUGAUGGGAGUUCCUGGUACUAUUGGUGUGAAGGGAGAAAGAGGACCAGCUGGCCCAAAGGGAAACACUGGACCCCCGGGUGUUCGUGGGUUCCCAGGUAACCAGGGUCCUCCUCCAGUUCCCAUCAGAUAUCCAGGAGAGAGGGGCCCUUCAGGGCCAAUGGGUAUCCAAGGACCAAAGGGGAUCAUAGGUGAACCAGGGCCACGUGGCCCCCAUGGAGAUGCAGGUUUCAUAGGACCUGCUGGGCAGAAGGGCAUGCCUGGGAUUAGUGGUACACCAGGAAUACCUGGACUCCGUGGAGAUGUUGGACAAAUGGGCCACCCUGGUCUGCAAGGCAUGGAAGGUCAACGUGGCAACACUGGUAUCCCUGGGUUACCAGGUAUGCCUGGCCGCAGUGUCAGUGUGGGUUACUUGCUGGUGAAACACAGCCAAACAGACCAGACGCCCAUGUGCCCUGUGGGCAUGUCUAAACUGUGGGAUGGCUACAGUCUGUUAUACUUCGAGGGACAGGAAAAGGCCCACAACCAGGAUCUUGGCUUGGCUGGCUCCUGCCUCCCACGGGUCAGCACCAUGCCUUUCCUGUACUGCAAUCCUGGAGACAUUUGUUACUAUGCCAGCAGAAAUGAUAAGUCCUACUGGUUGUCAACAACUGCUCCUCUUCCUAUGAUGCCUGUAGAAGAGGCGGAGAUCAAACCAUACAUCAGCCGCUGUUCAGUAUGCGAAGCUCCAUCAGUUGCCAUAGCAGUGCACAGCCAGGAUAUCACCAUUCCACAGUGUCCUGCGGGAUGGCGCAGCCUGUGGAUCGGCUAUUCCUUCCUCAUGCAUACAGCAGCAGGAAAUGAAGGUGGAGGUCAGUCUUUGUCAUCGCCUGGCUCCUGCCUGGAGGACUUCCGCACAACACCAUUCAUUGAGUGUAAUGGGGCCAAAGGCACAUGCCACUACUUUGCUAACAAGAACAGCUUCUGGCUAACCUCCAUAGAUCAGGCGUUCCACACUGAGCCAUCAGCAGAGACUCUCAAAGCAGGUCAGCUCCUGUCACGCAUCAGCCGCUGCCAGGUCUGCAUGAAGAACUUGUGAAAGGUGCUACACAGUUACACUGACAGGAAGACAUUCCACUGACAGUGAUCUAGUAUCGUCUCUCUGUCCAUGUACUAAAUCAAACAAAGUGGAUCUGAAUACUGCCUUAGAUCAAUGUAAGUGGGAAACUUUCUCCCCAAUGACUGUUUGAAGCCUUGAGCUUUUGAGCAAAAUGUCCCACUAUAGUUAAGACAGGAGGAGUCCCAUAAUGAAGCUAACAGUGUUGUGGGUAAAGUAUUUUAUGAUAAAUGUGGAUUGGUGCUUACUGUUUAACUUAUUACCUCAGCUACUAUGAUACAUUAACAAAUCAGAGACCGUACAUUACAGCUGAACCAAAGAUGCCCGUGUGUAUGCACUGCUUCAGUUAAUCAAAAUGGUUUUUAUUGUUUACCGCUGAACAUGAAGCCACUAACACUGCCUCUCAGCCAAUUGAAGAAUAUAUCAGAAGACAAAGAAUGUUAGCUGAUACUAUUUACAUUAUCCUGCUUCUAUGUCAUUGCUCCACCAAAACCUAUUUUUAUGACUUUUCAAGCUGUUAACAUUUUUAUGUAUUAAUCAACUAUUACAUUAUGCAGAAUUCAUAUUUUCAAAGAAUGCACUGAUUCUCUUUGUAAUUAUACCGGCUGAAUGAACUUGACCCCCAUUCCUAAGAGUUUUAAAUAUAUAUCUUAUACUACUCGUCUCAUCCAUGUUCCUUUACAAAUCUACUAAUUAUUGAACUGCCCUGAGCUGCCAACAGGACAGAAUGUAAACAACCAGAAUCAAAGGUCUGAUACAAACCCUCGCUGAGGUCACUGCCCCUGGGUUAGAUUCUUUUACACAAUUUAGAAAGUAGGUCAAAUGUUCUACUUCACCCAGAUAGACUUGUUUGGAAAUGAAGUUUGAUUAAACCGGAAAAACAUUGACAAUGUUUGUUUUAAUUGUAAUGCGAUUAUGGUCAUUUUCAUAACAUGAUAAUUUGAUUGUAAAGAUUAAAUGGUGUUUGUUAUACUUUGGACUAUAUUAUUUUACUCACACAAGACUGACAGACUGGGCGAACUGCAAAAUAAAAAUCUUUAUUAUGACAGUGUACUUAAAAAUUCAACAGGGGUAUUUUACUAUUUACACUCCUUGAAAGUGCCAAUAAAAUAAAAAGAUCAGUAUCAACACUAAUAACAAAAGAGUCAAUUAAGUGUGAUUUGUGAAACCCUUAAAAUUCAGCUAGGAUAAACACAGUGAAAUGUGCCA